CAAUCCCAAUGACGCAAACUCUAGUGGUAUCAACACCACUAGGGGAUGACAUUGAAAGAGCUACUUACUAUCCAUCUUGUGAGGUGGAAAUCGAUCGCCAAACCUUGACGUGUGAUUUCGUACCGCUGAGUAUGAUGGAGUUCGAUGCAAUCCUAGGGAUGGAUUGGCUAGAAAAGCAUCAUGCUAGGGUAGAUUGCUACACAAAGGUUUUGGAACUCGAAGGCAAUGAUGGGGACACCCUACGCUUCGAGGGGGAUCGAGGCAAAUCAAACAGUUGUAUCAUAUCCGCCGUGAGAGCGAGGAGCAUGAUAAGAAAGGGGUGCCACGCAUAUCUAGCAUACGUGGUUGACAAAACCAAGGAGGAAACGAACAUCGACGACGUGAGGGUGGUUUGUAAGUAUCCGGAUGUCUUCCCUAAAGACCUACCGGGGCUUCCACCUGAUAGGGAAAUUGAAUUUGUGAUCGAGGUUGAGCCUGGUACCAAACCAAUCUCCAUACCGCCAUACCGUAUGGCACCCGCUGAACUUAACGAGUUGAAAACCCAAUUGCAAGAGCUUUUGGAUAACGGUUUCAUUAGACCAAGCCACUCCCCGUGGGGAGCACCCGUUCUUUUUGUGAAAAAGAAAGAUGGGACACUUCGAAUGUGUAUUGACUAUCGUCAACUGAACAAGGUCACAAUCAAGAAUAGGUAUCCCUUGCCUAGGAUUGAUGACUUGUUUGAUCAACUACGAGGGGCAACCGUGUUUUCAAAGAUUGACUUGAGGUCGGGUUACCAUCAAUUGAAGAUUAAGGAAGAUGACAUACCAAAAAGUGCUUUUCGCACAAGGUAUGGG